CCCGCGAACAGUAGUCUCUUGAAGUCACGUGUCUAUGGCGAAGUCUUUAUCCUCCCGGGAAUUCUGAGGCUCGGAAAAGGAAUGCAAAGAUGUCAGCAGUCUUGGUUGUGCAUGGUGGGGCAUGGGCCAUACCGGAUGAACUGGCCAAGGCCUCUGUUGAUGGAGUAAAAACUGCAGCAUGUGAAGGAUUUUCAGUGCUGAAACGAGGAGGAAGUGCAGUGGAUGCUGUUGAAGUGGCUGUGAGGGCUUUGGAAGAUAACACUGUGUUUGACGCAGGGCACGGAGCAGUACUAAAUAAAGAUGGAGAAGUGGAGCUGGAUGCCAUUAUCAUGGAUGGAAGGACACUUGCCACUGGUGCGGUGUCUUCAGUAAAGAACAUUGCCAACCCCGUUUCACUGGCACGGGCAGUGAUGGAAAAGACUUCCCAUGUGAUGUUGACAAGCCAAGGUGCAAACUUGUUCGCAGAAAGCAUUGGUAUAAGCACAGUCCCCACUGAAACACUGGUGACUGAGUAUGAGAGGAGAGAAUGGGAGAAGCACAAGAAUUACAUGACUGGAGUAAUAGAAGAUUUCAACACUCAGUGGGCUCAUGAUACCGUUGGAGCAGUAGCUCUUGACUCUGCUGGUAAUGUCGCAUGUGCAACAUCAACGGGAGGGAUUAGGAAUAAAAUGGUUGGAAGAGUAGGAGACUCCCCAAUCAUUGGCUGUGGAGGAUAUGCAGACAACUUCAGUGGUGCAGUAUCCUGUACCGGACAUGGAGAAUCUAUUCUUAAAGUCACACUGGCCAGACUCAUUCUUUCAAAAAUUGAACAAGGUAAAUCAGUAACAGAGGCUUCGCAGAUGUCUCUGCAGCACAUGGGAAACCGUGUCAAAGGAGCCGGAGGUGCAAUUGUUGUUUCUCCUUCAGGCCACUGGGCUGCCACGUUUACCACUGAGCGAAUGGCUUGGGCUGCUGUGGAACAGGAUGUACUGUGGUAUGGAUUAGACCCGCAUGAGAGAUUAAAAGAGCAGUUGCCGCAAUAAAAGCAAUAAAAAAUAGCUGGGACUCUCGGCCAUUUGACCUUAGAACUGAAGAAGCUUCUCGGAUGAGAGGUGAAACGUCUUCAAGCAACUUAAAGAAGUCCAGACGCUUUUCUUUGCAAACUCCUUUGACUACGAUGACCUGGAUGACUGAGAACCUUCACAGACAAAAAAUAGCACUUAUUUCUUCUUAUUAAUCACUGUGCAAUGUGAGACUGCAUUAUAAUUUUUCUUAUAUAAUUUAAUUUUAUAAUUUUUAACUCACUUUUUCUAACUUUUAUUAAACACGUUUGCUACAAGUUAAAUAAAAUGCAUUUUUUUAAAGGUUGAAUAUUAAAAUAAGCAUUAUAUACACAUACUGUGAAAAAUGUGGUAAAAAGGAAUAUUUUUAGAGAUUGAACUUUAGUAAGUGUUAAACAUAGAAACGCAUGACUCUGUUUUUUUGGAGAAAAUCUUUGCUCUUUAAACUUUAAAUCCUGGAUCACAUUUCCAAGUAAAGGAUGUCUGACUUCUUCUUACACUUUUUUUCCCCAAACUUUUGUCAAUGAAAAAUUACCUCAAAGUUACAUUGUUUGAAAGACUGUAUUGAAGUAAUGUUAGAUCAUAUUGUUGUAGGUAAAGUUGCAAUGAAUGAUGACUAAUGGAUCAAUGCAAUAAAGGAUAUAUAUAGUA